AGUCUGUAGUAGCUACAGUCUAUAGUAGCUACAGUUAUAAUAGCUACAGUCUAUAGUAGCUACAGUCUGUAGUAGCUACAGUUUGUAGUAGCUACAGUCUAUAGUAGCUACAGUUAUAAUAGCUACAGUCUAUAGUAUCUACAGUCUAUAGUAGCUACAGUCUAUAGUAGCUACAGUCUAUAGUAGCUACAGUCUGUAGUAACUACAGUCUAUAGUAACUACAGUCUAUAGCAGCUACAGUCUGUAGUAGCUACAGUCUAUAGUAGCUAGUCUGUAGUAGCUACAGUAGCUACAGUCUGUAGUAGCUACAGUCUGUAGUAGCUACAGUCUAUAACAGCUACAGUCUAUAACAGCUACAGUCUAUAACAGCUACAGUCUGUAGUAGCUACAGUCUGUAGUAGCUACAGUAGCUACAGUCUGUAGUAGCUACAGUCUGUAGUAGCUACAGUCUAUAACUGCUACAGUCUAUAACAGCUACAGUCUAUAGUAGUGACGUCUGUAGUAGCUACAGUCUGUAGUAGCUACAGUCUGUAGUAGCUACAGUCUAUAACUGCUACAGUCUAUAACAGCUACAGUCUAUAACAGUGACGGCUGUAGUAGCUACAGUCUAGUAGCUACAGUAGCUACAGUCUGCAGUAGCGACGUCUGUAGUAGCUACAGUCUAUAACAUCUACAGUCUAUAACAGCUACAGUCUGUAGUAGUGACGUCUGUAGUAGCUACAGUCUAUAACAGUGACGGCUGUAGUAGCUACAGUCUAGUAGCUACAGUAGCUACAGUGUGUAGUAGCUACAGUCUAUAGUAGCUACAGUCUAGUAGCUACAGUAGCUACAGUCUGCAGUAGCGACGUCUGUAGUCGCGAUGGGAGACGGCGAGAGAGAGAAGCGCAGCCGCAAGCCGGCCAGACCGCUCAAGAGGAAACUUCCUGCCGAGAUGGCGGCCUCUAGUGGCGAGCAGGUGUGGGAAGCUGUGUGCAAGACGGAAACCAGCGACUGCGUGCCUCCCAGCUCCCCACUGCACCAGGCUGCCGCUGCCCUCGACUCCUCCAAGGAGUCGCCGCCUCCCCCACGCCGGCGCCGCUUCCUCCUCGAGGUGAACGGCGCCGGCAAAGCGGAAACUCAGGUAGCGCCCGGGCCCAUCCCCGUGAUGGUGCCCCUCCUCAGCGCCCCCCUGGCGGCAACGCCAGCGGCGUCGCCGCUCACCAGGGCACCCAAACUCCACAGCGCCACUGGGGAGGAGGAGGCGGGGGUGGCGCCGUGCCCGCAGGCGCCGUGCUCCUGGUGCCAGAAGGUGGGGCAGCGCCGCUACGCGCUGCCCAUGGGGGGGGAGAUCCGCGCCUUCUGCAGCGACAAGUGCUUCAGCGCGGGCCGGCGGGCACACUUCAAGCGCAACAAGGUGUGUGACUGGUGCAAGCAGGCGUGCCAGGCGCUAGAGUACCUGGGGUUCGGCGAGGGCGAGCGCCGGCUGCGCUUCUGCAGCGACAAGUGCCUGGGCCGCUACAAGAUCGACGUCUUCUACUCCGAGACUCGUGCCAACCUCCCGGCGCCGCCGCACACCGCCUCCUCCUCCUCCUCCUCUUCCACGCCGGCCGACGGCGGCGCCAACGACGGCGACAAGCCGCCCUCUUCCGCCACGCCGGACCGAGACAAGGGCGGCGGUGGCGGCGGCGGCGCCGGCAGUAGCGGCGGCGGCGGCUCUAACGUCGGUGCCGGCAACGUCGCCGCCAAGAUCGGGAACGGCGGCGCUUGUCCGCAGGCGUCGCCGGCGCAGAGGCACCGGGGGGCGUGGGGGGGGGACGCGGCGGCGCCGGCGACGUGCGGCCCCGGGGAGCUGGCCGAGCCGUCGCCGCGAUCAGUCGCCGGACGAGCGCCGGCACCGGCAGGAGUCGAAGUCGGCCAGGACGGCGGGAACGACGGCGCUGGCGCCCAUCAAACGGGACGACAGCAGCAGCAUCAGUUCAUGAUGGUCCCUCCGCUGGCUCCGCUGGUGCCUCCGCCCACGCUGCUGGUGCCGUACCCGGUGCUGGUGCCCGUGCCGAUCCCCAUCCCCAUCCCCAUCCCGGUGCCCGUGCCGAUCGGCGCCGGCGGCUGGGGUCGCUACGGGGGCAGUGACGGCGGUGGCGUCGGCGCUCAUGUCCUCGUCAACGGAGGUGGUGGAGGUGGUGGAGGUGGAGGUGGUGGACGUGGCUUGAAGGAUGAGGUGACCCUCGUCAGCGUGAAGGUGGAGGCGGCGGAGGUUUGCGUGGCCGACGAGGAGAGGGACGGAGGAACGCCGCUCGCAAAGAGAGACGUCAGUGGCACAGAUGUGGGUGGCGACGUGGGCGAUGGCAUCGACGCCGGCGGCGCCAACGAUGUCGCUGCCGAUGUCGCCGGUGCCGCUGCCGCUGCCGGCGCCGGCCGGCGCGCCGAGCGGCUGCCUGUCGUGGACCUCCUCCACAAGUUGACCUCCCGCCCGACAAACGGCGGCUACGUCUGCGCUGAGGAUCGCCACGAUUGCGCCAUCGGCGCAGCACCGGCAACAGGUCGUGGCGCCGGCAGUGGCGGUGAUAGCGAGAGGACAUCGGCGGAGAAGGCCGUCUUCCCGAACAGCGGCGCCGGCGCGGUGGCGGCGCCGACACGGCCUGCUGCCGCCGAGUUGACGUGCGCCGACUGCGCCAGGGGCAGCGCCGGCCCGCAUCCGGCGGCGGCACUAGCGGCGGCACUAGCGGCGCCACUGGCCGUGGCCGGGGACACGAGCGGCGGUUGUUGUUGCUGCGGCGGCGGCGGCAAAGAUCAAAGCGACGACAGCCGGGAGGCUCUGACGCCGGGCCGGCCCCGGAUACUCGAGGCAGAUGUGCUGGGGAAGCAGCACACGUAG